AUGUCGUCGAGCGGUAUCGCCGACUUCCUUCCUCAUUAUGCUUCCUAUAACUGGACCGGUGCGCCAGCCGACUAUACUUUGGCCACAAAUGUGAGAACAGGAGGAGACUCAAGAACGGAGAAUCUGAACAAAUGGUACCAGUCGGGCGACCAGGCAUAUAUCAUCCUCUCAUCAUGUCUGGUGUUGAUCAUGGUGCCGGGCCUCGGAUUUCUCUACUCGGGUCUGGCACGACGAAAGUCGGCCUUGUCUCUGAUGUGGGCUUGCAUGGCGGCCGGCAGCGUCAUCAACUUUCAGUGGUACUUCUGGGGGUAUUCACUCACCUUCUCGCCAACCGGUCAAAGCGGCUUCAUUGGCGACCUGGUCCAUUUUGGCCUGAAACGGACUCUUGGGAACCCCAGUCCUGGGUCACCUCUGAUUCCUAGUCUCCUCUACUCGUUCUACCAGAUGCAAUUCUGCUGCGUAACCGCCGCCAUCGUUGCAGGUGCCGUGGCGGAGCGUGGUCGACUGAUGCCUUUCCUCGUGUGGACCUUCCUCUGGGCCACCCUCGUAUACAACCCGAUCGCUUGCUGGGCAUGGAACGCCAAUGGGUGGGCGUUUAAAUACGGCGUCAUGGACUACGCGGGUGGAGGGCCCGUCGAGAUCGGCUCGGGCAUGUCUGCUUUGGCCUAUUCCAUGGUCCUGGGAAAGAGGCAGGAGAAGAUGAUGCUCAACUUCCGCCCCCACAACGUUUCAUUUAUCCUGCUGGGGACGGUCCUGCUCUGGUUUGGCUGGCUGGGUUUCAACGUCGGUUCUUCCUUUGGAGCCAACCUCAGGGCGGUCAUGGCUUGCUGGAACUCGAAUCUCACGGCCACAUUUGCCGCAGCCGCUUGGGUUCUUCUCGAUUUCAGGCUGGCUCGGAAAUGGUCCAUGGUCGGCUGGUGUUCGGGUACCAUCUCUGGACUUGUGGCUGCCACGCCGGCGUCUGGAUAUCUCGAUACAUGGGGCAGUGUGGUGCUGGGCAUUGUCACCGGCAUUGGGUGUAACUUUGCCACCAAGAUCAAAUAUUGGAUCCGGAUCGACGACUCCAUGGACGUGUUUGCCGAGCACGGCGUUGCUGGGAUGAUCGGUCUGAUGUUCAACGCUCUCUUUGGCGUCGACUAUAUCGUCGGUCUCGACGGCGUCAACACCGGCGUCCCCAAUCCGACGACAGGCACGGGCAUUGGGGGCUGGCCGAUCGGCAACUAUCGCCAGUUCUACAUCCAACUCGCCUAUGUCGUGGCAUGUACAGGCUACGCCUUUGUCGUCAGCGCCAUCCUCGCCUACAUUGUCAAUUUCAUUCCAGGCCUGCACCUGCGUGCGUCAGAAGAGGCCGAACUGCUCGGAAUGGACGAUGACCAGCUCGGCGAGUUUGCCUAUGAUUACGUCGAGGUUCGUCGCGACUACCUAGCCUGGACCCCGCAAAAUCCGGACCACGCCGGCAUCGAUCCCAACAUCCCCAAAGAACACCGCUACGGCAUCGGUGAACACUCAGAUAUGAUCCGCAAGGCAACCAACGGCGGCACGGGCGACUCGACCGCGGCCAGCUCGCGCAGUCACCAUGAUCUGCCCGCUCAGGGAGACCGGCACGCCAUCAAAGCCGAAGAUGCUGAGAAGGCUAAACAUGUCGCGGACGCAUGA